CAUCGGAUCAAUCUUCACUCCGACUAUCAAGGAUAAACUCUAAAACCCUCCCACCACCACCACCACCGGCCACCGCCAUAUUCAUCUUUCAUUCAGGUUUCCUCAAUUCUUCUUCUUAUUAUUUUUUAACGUAAAACGUUUAGCAGUACCUUGCAGCGCACGUUACACCUUGCUAGUGUAUUUAGGCGUACCUUGUAGCGCACGUUACACACUCCACAGAUCACCAAAACCCUAAUGGCGAUGGCUAACCUUUUCAAGCCGAUGAUCAACGCCCCAAAAUCCACAACACACUCUCAUCCUCGAUCUAAAAACCAUAUCUUUUCUACUCCGUCACCUUCAUCCUUCACGCUUCCUCUGCCUCACCCUCAUCAACAUUCCAAGCAUGCAAUUUCUUCACCAAUUAAGGUGUAUAAGGGUUUUGGUGACAAAUUGAAUUGGCCUGAUUUACCCGCAAUCGGUUCAUCAUCGUUCUUCGAUGAAAAGGUUCAAACCGAUGAAAAGUUUCAAUGUCAAUGGGCGAAAGAGGGCGAUGUUGGUGAAACUGAAGAGGGCACGCAGUAUGCAAAAACAAAGAGUAAAUCAAGCAAAAAGAAAUCUGGAAAACUAAUGGCAAAGAUGUACACGGUGAUAGUUGGAACUUCUUUUUGCGUUGUUUUAGCGUUUAUUUCUUUCGCUCUUCCAAAGAAAGUAAGGCUACGUCAUACAGCUGUCCCAUAUUCGGAUCUAGUUGAAAGCAUUCGUGAGGGGAGUGUGAUACAAGUUCAAUUCGUGGAGAACUCGCGCGUGAUUUAUUACAACACCAAGCCGUCUGUUAAACAAGGUGCUGAAAUCCCACAAAGUGAAGCAGGACAAAUAGGAUUACUGAAAGCACUUGAGCCCAAAUGGAAGUUUUAUACAAGAAACGUGGCAGACGAUAAGUAUCAGCUUAUUAAGAUGCUUAAGGAUCAGGGGAUCACAUACGGUUCAGACCCUGAACUUUUAUCCGAUUCAAUGAAGAAUUUCGCGUUUACCAUGCUGCAACUAGCCCCCUAUUGGUUUAUGUUGGGUGUUCAAGGGUUUCAGCUCUAUCAUCAAAUGAAUCUUGGGAAAAUGACAAAAAGAAAACCGAGUAAGAAACAAUCUGUAACGUUUGAUGACGUUGAGGGCGUAGAUUCUGCAAAAGCCGAGCUUCUUGAGAUUGUGUUGUGCAUAAAUGAAGAUAGUAAAUACAUGAAACUCGGGGCAAAAUUACCGAGAGGGGUAUUGCUUGCCGGUCCUCCAGGAACUGGAAAAACAUUGUUGGCCCGUGCUGUGGCAGGGGAAGCUGGAGUGUCGUUCUUUUCCAUUUCCGCUAGUGAAUUGGUAGAGAUUUUUGUUGGUACCGGAGCUGCUCGUGUUAGAGACAUUUUCCGAGAGGCGAGAAAACAUGCACCGUCCAUUAUUUUCAUCGAUGAGAUUGAUGCUGUUGGUGGGCAACGAGGAAGAACUUUGAACUGCGAACGUGACCAAACGUUAAACCAGCUUUUGACCGAGAUGGACGGGUUUGAGAAGGAUGCGAGUGUGGUGGUUAUAGCUGCUACAAACCGACCCGAGACACUAGAUUCGGCUUUGAUGAGGCCGGGUCGGUUUUCGAGGAAAGUACUCGUGGGCGAACCCGAUGAAGUUGGCAGGCAAAGGAUAUUUUCAUUGUAUUUGAGAGAUGUCCCUAUGGAGGAAGACAAAGAGGCCAUUUCUAGCCUUGUUGCUUCACGUACCACCGGAUUAGUCGGGGCUGAUCUUGAAAACAUAGCUCAUGAAUCUGUACUACUUGCUGCUCGAAGAGAUGGAGAAUUUGUGACGAGUGAUGAUAUUUUUCAAGCUGUCGAGAGGGCCACGAAAAAGAUCUUUGAUGAUAAUGACACCAAUGAAACGAAAUCGCCUAAUCCGUUUGGAGCGAUGGCACAAGCACCCAUGCAGUAUGGGGGUGGAGCCAUGGGAUUUGGGUUCAGUUAAUCAAGCUCUUAAGUCUUAAGGACUUUCUUUCAUUCUGGUUUAUGUGAUUUCAUUAUUCUUGAAAAUAUAUAUAGACAUAUCGUUUGCGUUGAGGGGAUGUUUAAAUAGAAAAGAAGUAGCAACUGGAAUUUGCUUAUUUA